AGCACACACCAGGCCACACAGGCUGUGUUACAGAACUCCACAGCACGCAGCGGGAAAGAAUCAUGGUCAGCCGUUUUGAGCAUCCUGCUGGAGACUAUAAGAAGAUCUUUGAGACUGUGGAGGAGCUCAGUGAACCUCUUCCAGCCACAGUUACUGGUCGGAUCCCGUCGUUUAUCAGAGGAAGUCUGCUCCGUCUGGGUCCGGGCCUGUUCGAGGUCGGUUCUGAACCCUUCUAUCAUCUCUUCGAUGGUCAAGCUCUGAUGCACAAGUUUGAUUUCAGCAAUGGUCAGGUCACUUACUUCCGCAGGUUCAUUAAAACAGAUGCUUACGUUCGAGCCAUAACAGAGAACCGUGUAGUGAUCACUGAAUUCGGAACAUGUGCUUAUCCAGACCCCUGCAAGAACAUCUUCUCCAGGUUUUUCUCUUACUUCAAGGGCGUGGAGGUAACAGAUAACUGUCUGGUGAACGUUUAUCCCAUUGGAGAAGAUUUCUACGCCGUAACAGAGACCAACUAUAUCACUAAAGUGAACCCGGAGACUUUAGAGACUCUAAAAAAGGUGGACAUGUGUAAAUAUGUCAACAUAAACGGAAUAACGGCUCACCCUCACAUCGAAAGAGACGGUACGGUCUACAACAUCGGGAACUGCAUGGGGAAAGGAGCCUCUCUGGCCUACAACAUCGUCAAGAUCCCACCCAAGCAGAAAGAUAAGUCGGACCCCAUCGAGAAAUCCAAGGUGGUGGUGCAGUUCCCCAGCGCUGAGAGGUUUAAGCCGUCCUACGUGCACAGCUUCGGGAUGACGGAGAACUACUUUGUGUUUGUAGAGACGCCUGUCAAAAUCAACCUGCUGAAGUUCCUGAGCGCCUGGGCCAUCCGCGGAACCAACUACAUGGACUGCUUUGAAUCUGACGAGCAGAAAGGAACAUGGAUUCACAUAGCCAGGAAAGAUCCAGGAGAGUACAUUGACUACAAAUUCAGGACUUCAGCGAUGGGACUUUUCCACCACAUCAACUGUUAUGAAGACUCGGGGUUUAUUGUUUUCGACCUGUGCACCUGGAAAGGAUUUGAGUUUGUCUAUAACUACCUGUGGCUGGCGAACCUGCGCCAGAACUGGGAAGAGGUAAAGAAACACGCCAUGAUCGCUCCUCAGCCUGAAGUGCGCAGGUUUGUGGUUCCACUGGAUCCCUACAGGGAGGAACAGGGAAAGAAUCUGAUCUCUUUGCCAUACACUACAGCCACAGCCACCAUGCGUGAGGACGGAACCAUCUGGCUGGAGCCUGAGGUGCUUUUCUCCGGACCGCGACAAGCCUUUGAGUUUCCUCAGAUCAACUACAAAAUGAACAAUGGGAGGAACUACACAUACGCCUACGCACUCGGCCUUAACCACUUCAUCCCUGACAGGAUUUGUAAGCUGAACGUCAGGACUAAGGAGACGUGGGUGUGGCAGGAGCCGGACUCGUACCCUUCAGAGCCGCUGUUUGUACAGAACCCUGACGGGGUCGAUGAGGACGAUGGUGUGCUGCUGACCAUCGUGGUGUGUCCCGGAGCACAGAGACCAACAUACUGCCUGAUCCUCAACGCUAAAGACCUGUCGGAGAUCGCCCGGGCCGAGGUGGACAUCAUGUCUCCGGUCACCUUCCACGGCAUGUACAAACCAUAAAAAAAGAGCGUUUUUUUUCCGGAUCCUUCCACAACCACGUGUAGACAUUUCAGAUAUGUUUGGUGCCAAAAAUGUGUUAAUAUUAAAUGAAUUAAUAUUAAAUAAAAUGCUAAUUUAUUUUAUCUUCCAGUUGUUGGAGGAACUAACGUUUUCUGUGAUUAGUAGCCUUAAACUCAUUAGUGCUCUUAAACUCGUGUUAGAAUGUAGAACUGU